AUGGAUCCCCAGUGGCAGUCGUACAGCGACUCGGCCAGUGCUCCGAGUAGGCACAACGGCAAUGCCCAGCACCAGCAGAUUCCGCGCGACCAUGCACCAUCCCAGCAGCGACAGAACCCCCCUCCAGCUGGGCCUGGAUCCAGCUACAAGUACGAUCAGCCACAGUAUCAUGGAGGCGCCCCGAUAGGUGCAAUCAGCGCCUCUGCUGGCUCGGUGCCAUCCCCCAUCACUUCCUCCCACUUGAGCGACGGCAAUGGCGACAUCCCCAUGCACGAUGCCCACGAUGCUCAUGCCGGGAUCAAGUAUCCUAUGAGGCCCCAUCACCAGUCUCAUCCAUCGGCAGGUCGCUCCUCAAACCUCCAAUCUUCCCACGAGCCGUCCGCUGCCGCCCAACGCUACUCGCCCAUGGACACGCUGUCGCCCUCUUCCCCAUACGCGUCAAAACCACCCCAAUAUAACAACCCGCCACCCCAAAGACAGUCUCCUUCUAAGCAGGCCGAUUAUUCUCAGAGUCCUUACUACGGUGGCCGCCAGCAAGGCCAGCAUCUGCCGCCUAUUACCCCAUACGCGUCAGCCUCCCAGAGCUACCCUUCAUCAGCCGCCUCCAACCCCGAAGCACUCUUUGGAGCCGAUCCAAAGUCACCACGCCGCCAAAUGUCUGCAGCACCAGCACCUCGAGUCGCUGUUCCCGAGUUUAGAAAGGUGCGGGGGCCCUCUGAUUUGCGACCCAAGACGAGCAAUCAGCCGCCUUUCCGCCGAGCCAAUCCUGAAGGAGGCUUCAUUAGUCCUCUUCAAGCGCUCACGUCUCACCUCCCUGCGACCUACCGAAUUUGCAAUCCCGAUUUCAAGUAUGAGACAUCGCGCAAUCCUCGUCGAGUUUUAACAAAGCCAAGCAAGGGUGUCAAGAACGACGGGUACGACAACGAGGAUAGCGACUACAUCCUCUAUGUUAACGAUAUUCUUGGUUCUGAGGAGGCAGGCCAUAAAAAUCGAUAUUUGAUUCUGGACGUUUUGGGCCAGGGCACGUUCGGACAGGUUGUCAAAUGCCAAAACCUCAAAACACAGGAGGUAGUGGCCGUCAAGGUCAUCAAGAACCGCACGGCUUAUUUCAAUCAGAGCAUGAUGGAAGUAUCGGUUCUUGAUUUGCUAAACACCAAGCUUGAUAAGAACGACGAUCAUCAUCUUCUACGGCUAAAGGACACAUUUAUCCAUAGACAGCAUCUCUGUCUUGUGUUUGAGCUCCUCAGCGUAAACUUGUAUGAGCUAAUCAAACAAAACCAGUUCCGCGGCCUCAGCACCACGCUAGUCCGUGUCUUUGCCCAACAGUUGCUCAACGGAUUAGCCCUUCUCAACAAGGCCCGUCUGAUUCAUUGCGAUUUGAAACCCGAGAAUAUUCUGCUGAAGAAUCUUGAGAGCCCCAUCAUCAAGAUUAUUGACUUUGGUUCCGCUUGCGAUGAGCGACAGACAGUAUACACAUAUAUUCAGUCUAGGUUCUAUCGCUCUCCCGAGGUUCUGCUCGGUCUUCCCUACUCUUCAGCCAUCGACAUGUGGUCCCUUGGUUGUAUCGUUGUUGAGCUGUUCCUGGGCCUGCCGCUUUUCCCUGGAUCCUCCGAAUACAACCAAGUUUCGAGAAUUGUCGAGAUGUUGGGCAACCCCCCCAAUUGGAUGAUGGAAAUGGGCAAACAAGCCAACGAAUUCUUCGAGAAGAGGCAAGACGAGUUUGGAAGAAGAAACUAUCAUCUGAAGAGUAUGGAGCAGUACGCACGGGAACACAACAGCAAGGAGCAGCCUAGCAAGCGGUAUUUCCAGGCCAACACUCUCCCGGAGAUCAUCAAAUCGUACCCAAUGCCCAGGAAGAACAUGAAGCAAAGCGAGAUCGACAGAGAGAUGAAUAAUCGCAUCGCGUUCAUCGACUUUGUACGAGGUUUACUUACAAUCAACCCGUUGGAGAGAUGGUCCCCCCAACAGGCCAAGCUUCAUCCUUUCAUUACCCAGCAGAAGUUCACCGGCCCGUUUGUUCCUCCAAUGAACCUGAAGUCAAGCUCCCUCAAUAGGUCACCUGCUCCUGGCACUCAGCAGCAGCAGCAAGCCGAGGCGCUUAGCAAGCAGCGUGCCCAGGCAGCACAAGCUCAAGCAAACUCAGCCGCACAGAGCCCGUAUGGUCCCAUGGGCAGUCAACAGUAUCCUCAGUCUGGACAUGCCCAACCACCCAUGUAUGGCAACAAUUCGGUAUAUCCUCCUGGAGGCAACCACGCCAAUGUGCCGCCAUCGUACGGGUCACAACCCUCCCAGUAUGGUCAAAUGGUUAUGACUCAACCUCCUCAACAAAUGCAGGCUUCAUCCCAGUAUGCCAAUAUGCCUCAACCAAGCAUGUAUCAGCAAGGGGGUAUGCGUCCUAACCGACAACGCGCGUCGACCAUGGAACAGCAGCAGAGCGGGAUUCCAGCAGCCAUCCAGCGGGUUGCCAGUCACCUCGAUCCGAGUCAGCCAAUCCGCCUCCAGCCAAGCCCUGCUUACUAUCCGCCACCAGCUGAUGGCGGUGCUGCUGCGGCGGCGGCAGGAUCCAGUCGGCGAACCAGCCGUGCUCAGCAGGGUGGCAGGGGUAACCGUGACUUUAUCCGGAAUUUGGAAGAACGAACUUUGGAGGAAGGUUUUAUGGGAAAUCAGAAUCCAUGGCAUUGA